AAUAAAUACCGCAAAACGGCGCUCGUCACUCAUCGGAGAGGUCAAAGAAGGAAAGGGGGAGGGAGGAGGCCGCGGAGAUCCGUCGUUGAAGGAUCGGAAUGUGGAAGCUCGCGCGAGUGGCCUGGAGCCUACGCCAGGCCCGGCGGAUGUCGAUCCCCGGUCCCUGCAUCGUCAGCAAGCGGGGCACCGACAUACUCCAUGAUCCAUGGUUCAAUAAGGAUACUGCUUUUCCUUUGACUGAAAGAGAUCGUCUUGGGCUUCGUGGUCUUCUUCCUCCUCGAGUUAUAUCAUUUGAGCAACAACAUCAACGUUUUAUGGACGCAUAUCAUUCGCUGGAGCAUAAUACCAGAGGUGAAAAAGAAACUACUGUAUCUCUAGCAAAGUGGCGGAUACUGAAUAGACUGCAUGAUAGAAAUGAGACACUAUACUACAGGGCUCUCAUUGACAACAUAAAGGACUUUGCUCCAAUUGUUUACACUCCAACUGUGGGUUUGGUGUGUGAAAACUAUGGAGGUUUGUAUAGACGGCCACGUGGCAUGUAUUUCAGUGCAAAGGACAAAGGAGAGAUGAUGUCCAUGAUUCAUAAUUGGCCUUCUAAGCAGGUAGACAUGAUUGUAGUGACUGAUGGAAGUCGGAUUCUUGGUCUUGGUGAUCUUGGAGUUCAGGGUAUUGGAAUUCCUAUAGGAAAACUUGACAUUUAUGUUGCAGCUGCUGGAAUCAAUCCACAGAGGAUUCUACCUGUUAUGCUGGAUGUUGGGACCAAUAAUCAGAAACUUCUUGAAGAUAAGCUUUAUUUAGGAUUACGACAACCAAGACUAGAAGGAGAUGAAUAUUUGUCUAUUGUCGAUGAAUUUAUGGAAGCAGCAUUUGCACGAUGGCCGAAGGCAGUCAUUCAGUUUGAAGAUUUCCAAAUGAAGUGGGCUUUUGAAACUCUUCAACGAUAUCGUGAAAAAUUUUGUAUGUUCAAUGAUGAUAUCCAGGGAACUGCUGGUGUUGCACUAGCUGGAUUGCUUGGAGCUGUGAGAGCACAAGGAAAAUCUCUAAAUGAUUUCAUGAAGCAGAAAAUUGUUGUGGUAGGAGCUGGAAGUGCAGGAAUAGGUGUCCUCAACAUGGCUAAAAAGGCUAUUUCUAGAAUGUGGGGAAACAAUGAACCUUUUGACGGAAAUCAAUUCUGGCUGAUUGACAAAGAUGGUCUUAUUACAAAGGAUAGGAAAGGAAUUGAUCCUGCAGCUGCUCCAUUUGCUCGUGGCUAUGGUCCAGAGGAAGUCGAAGGACUUAGAGAAGGUGCUAGCCUACAAGAAGUAGUCAAAAAAGUGAAACCCCACGUUCUUUUAGGAUUGUCAGGAGUUGGUGGUAUCUUCAAUGAAGAGGUCCUUAGGGCCAUGCAACACUCUGAUUCCUGUCGCCCUGCAAUAUUUGCUAUGUCAAAUCCCACAAAGAAUGCUGAGUGCACUCCUAAGGAUGCAUUCAAGUAUGCUGGUGAAAACAUAAUUUUUGCUAGCGGAAGCCCUUUUGAAAAUGUAGAUUUAGGAAAUGGGAAAGUAGGUUAUGUCAAUCAAGCAAACAACAUGUAUCUGUUUCCUGGGAUUGGAUUAGGAGCACUUCUUUCUGGCGCUAAACAUAUUUCAGAUGGGAUGCUUCAAGCUGCAGCUGAAUGUCUGGCAUCAUACAUAACAGAUGAAGAUAUUCAAAAAGGAAUCAUCUUCCCUUCUAUUUCAAGUAUAAGGCAUAUUACAACACAAGUUGGGGCAGCCGUAGUACACGCUGCUGUCGCUGAAGGUCUCGCCGAAGGGCAUGGUGACGUGAGUAUCAAAGAACUUUCUCACAUGUCAAAGGAGGAAACAGCGGAGUAUGUUGCUCGCAAUAUGUGGUACCCUAUUUACAGCCCUCUCGUUCAUGAUUAAUAAAGCGAUGUUAUAAGAAAAAAAGUCGAUGCUAUCAACUGAUGAACUCGAUACCAUCUGGUGUUUACCAUUUUACUCAUUUUUUCCCUGGGUGUCCUGUGGGUAAACUUCCAGAGGAAUUUAGUUAGUUAUAUGGAAAAGUGUUUCCAAAUAGAACAGUUUUACUGGUGCUUAUGUUCAUUACUCCCUAUGGACAAUGGAAUAACAAAUUUUAUCCCUCUAAUAAUUCGCGAUUUCAGGUUUGGUUA